AUGUCGGCACCUGAGUCCACUGUAGUGGCACAGGACAAGACACAUCCAACCGAGGCUUCGGCUUCUGCUUCUAGUUCGGGAUCAACUGGGGAACAUAAAGCGCCGGAUUUGGAAGUGCAGAGUGUUGACUCCGCGCAAAAGAAAAGAUGGUAUAAACGACUUAAUCCGUUGCGCUGGCAAGCGCCGCCGCCUGUUCCUGAAGAAAGAACUAUAUCAAGAGAGCAUGAUGCUGGGUUCUUUAGUACGGUCUACUUCCAAUGGAUGUCACCGUUGAUGAGAGUGGGAUACCUUCGUCCUCUCGAACUACAAGAUAUCUGGACUGUCAACCCAAAUCGCUCGGUAGACGUCUUAUCGGCGCGAUUCAAUGAUGCAUUGGAACGUCGCACAACAGCCGGUAGUAAGCGGCCCUUGAUAACGGCUCUAUACGAUACUUUCCGGUUUGAAUUCCUGCUCGGUGGAAUUUGUCAAUUGUUCGGUUCUCUCUUACUGGUCUUCGCGCCAUAUCUCACUCGAUAUCUAAUCGCUUUUGCCACUGAUGCCUGGGAUGCGAAGGAGGAUGGUGGCCCAAGCCCGAGUAUCGGUCGUGGAAUGGGCUUCGUCGUCGGACAGAUGGUUGGUGGACAGAUUCGUGCAGUUCUAAUCUCGGUGGUUUUUAAGAAAGCGAUGAAAUUAUCUUCCAGAGCUAAGGCUGGUGGAAAAGCGACCGAGGAGGAAGUUGCGGCGUUGGUAGCUGCGAAGGAUGCGGCAUUGAAAAAGGAUCCGAAUGAGAAGCCUCAGGAAAAGUCGAAGAAGGACUCGAAAAAGGACAAAAAUGGAGUCGCCGGUGAUGGUCGUGGAUGGAGUAAUGGUCGCAUUGUCGCAUUGAUGAGUAUUGAUAUCGACCGCAUCAAUCUCGCGGCUGGCAUGUUCCAUAUGCUUUGGACCGCACCCAUUUCAAUCAUCGUCACACUGGUUCUUCUUCUCGUCAAUAUCGGUGUCAGCUGUCUUUCUGGAUAUGCGCUGCUGAUGCUGAGUAUGCCGUUUAUGAUUUUCGCCAUGCGAUCUUUGGUCAUGCGCCGAAGAGCUAUCAAUAAAAUCACCGACGAGCGGGUAUCGCUUACACAGGAAAUCUUGCAGGCCGUGCGCUUCGUCAAGUACUUUGGUUGGGAGAGCAGCUUCUUGGAUCGGUUGAAGAAGAUUCGCGCCCGGGAAAUUCGUGCCAUUCAGACCGUUAUGGCGAUUCGAAAUGCUAUUCUCUGUAUUUCCAUCUCGAUUCCUGUCUUUGCUUCAAUGCUGGCUUUCGUCACUUAUGCCCUCACCAGCCAUGAUUUGCACCCUGCUAAUAUCUUCUCCUCACUUGCCCUUUUCAACUCUCUGCGUAUGCCUCUGAACAUGGUGCCCCUGGUCCUUGGUCAGGUCGGUGAUGCUAUUACCGCUCUCGCGCGUAUCCAGGAAUUCCUGCUCGCCGAGGAACAGGCAGAUGACAUUGAACGAAUUGAGGAGAUGAAAAACGCAAUUGAAGUUGAGAAUGCCUCGUUUACCUGGGAGCGUUUGCCAUCCACGCAGACUGCUUCCAAGAAUCCCAGCAAGGCGGACAAGAAAGCUGCUAAGCUCAUCGAAGCUUCCCAGGUGAAUGAAAAGGAGAAGGCUGAGGCUGAACAACCCACAGAGCCAUUCAAAUUAUCACACAUCAAUCUGGAGGUCGGUCGCAAUGAACUCUUGGCUGUCAUUGGAACUGUUGGUUGCGGUAAAAGUUCUCUUCUCUCUGCAUUGGCGGGCGAUAUGCGUGUCACUGAUGGUAAGGAAUACAACGAGGCCUGGUAUAAUGAGGUCGUCGAUGCUUGUGCCUUGACUCCUGAUUUGGAAAUUCUUCCCAACGGCGAUGCCACCGAGAUCGGUGAGCGUGGUAUCACUGUUUCCGGUGGACAAAAGCAACGAUUGAACAUUGCUCGUGCUAUCUACUUCAAUGCGGAGCUUGUACUCAUGGAUGACCCUCUCUCUGCCGUUGACGCCCACGUUGGUCGUCACAUCAUGGAUAAAGCUAUCUGUGGUCUUCUCAAGGACCGAUGCAGAAUCUUAGCUACCCACCAACUCCACGUUCUCAGCCGCUGUGACCGUAUUGUGGUUAUGGAUGAAGGACGCAUCCACGCGGUCGACACCUUUGACAACCUUAUGCGCGAUAACGAGCUAUUCCAACGUCUCAUGUCAACAUCCGGACAGGAGAACUCUGAAGAGGAGUCUGAAAACUCCGAGGAAGACGACAUCGACGAAGUGGAUGAGAAGAAGGAAUCUAGCAAGGAAGUCGCUCAACCUGGAAAGCCCACUAACAUGCUCAUGCAAGAUGAGGAAAAGGCCACAUCUUCUGUUGGCUGGAGCGUAUGGAAAGCCUAUAUCCGUGCAUCCGGUAGUUACUGGAAUGCCAUCGGAAUCCUCUUCUUCCUUGCGCUCGCCAACGUCGCCAACGUCUGGACUAGUCUGUGGCUCUCAUACUGGACUUCGAAUAAAUACCCUCAGCUCAACACGGCGAAGUACAUUGGUAUCUAUGCCUCGCUGGGUGCUAGUGUCGUGGUCAUUAUGUUCAUGUUCUCAACUUACAUGACGACUUGUGGUACUAAUUCCAGUCGAACGAUGCUUCAAAAUGCCAUGACGCGUGUGCUUCGGGCGCCAAUGUCUUUCUUCGAUACUACACCCUUGGGUCGCAUUACCAAUCGCUUCUCGAAGGAUAUUGGUGUUAUGGAUAACGAACUCGGUGAUGCGAUGCGAAUUUACGCGAUUACGAUGACUUUGAUUGUUUCUAUUAUGAUCUUGAUUGUCGUCUACUUCUACUAUUUCGUCAUCGCACUCGUUCCACUUCUUAUCCUCUUCCUUACGGCCUCGAACUACUACCGCGCAUCCGCCCGCCAAAUGAAACGUCACGAGGCUGUUUUGCGAUCAAUGGUGUACGCCCGUUUCGGCGAGGCUAUUACUGGUGUCGCAUCUAUCCGUGCCUAUGGCGUUGAAAAGGACUUCGAACGCACGAUCGAAGAGUCCAUUGAUAUGAUGAACGGCGCAUACUUCCUCACCUUCUCCAACCAGCGCUGGUUGAGUGUUCGUCUCGACGCGGUCGCAACAUGUCUUGUCUUCGUGAUCGGUGUUCUGGUCGUCACCUCUCGCUUCGAUGUAUCUCCUAGUAUUUCCGGUCUCAUCCUCUCGUAUAUCCUCGCCAUUGCCCAGAUGUUACAAUUCACAGUUCGUCAACUCGCCGAGGUGGAAAACGACAUGAAUGCCACAGAACGUGUUCACUACUACGGCACUGAGCUCGAACAAGAAGCUCCCUUGCAACUAGGUCAAGUACCUACCAGUUGGCCUGAAAAGGGUCGCAUCGAGUUCCAAGACGCGCAGAUGCGGUACAGAGCAGAGUUACCGCUUGUGCUUAAGGGUCUUAGCAUGGAUGUGCAGGGCGGCGAGCGCAUCGGUAUUGUCGGUCGCACGGGCGCUGGAAAAUCCAGUAUCAUGUCUGCGCUAUUCCGUCUGACCGAGCUUUCCAGUGGAACUAUCCAGAUCGAUGGUGUGGAUAUUUCAAAGAUUGGUCUCUUCGAUCUUCGAUCUCGAUUAGCCAUUAUCCCACAAGAUCCUGCGUUGUUCAAGGGUACUAUCCGAACGAACUUGGAUCCAUUCAACGAACACUCUGAUCUGGAACUCUGGUCUGCUCUUCGCAAGGCAUACCUAAUCAACGAUGACACCACCGCUUCUCCCGUUAGCCCAGAUUCAGAUACUCUUGAACCUGAACCUACAGCAGAGACACACAGACAAACCAAGCGUCUAACCCUUGAGUCCCAGGUGGACGAAGAAGGUCUAAAUUUCUCCCUGGGCCAACGUCAACUAAUGGCGCUCGCACGCGCUUUAGUCCGUGACGCACGGAUCAUUGUCUGCGACGAAGCGACUUCGUCUGUGGACUUUGAAACGGAUCAGAAGAUCCAGCGCACCAUGGCGCAGGGAUUCCAGGGUAGAACUUUACUCUGUAUUGCGCAUCGAUUGAGGACGAUCAUUCAUUAUGAUCGCAUCUGUGUAAUGGAUCAGGGUCAGAUUGCGGAGAUGGAUUCGCCGCUUGCGCUUUUUGAUCAGGAUGGCAUUUUCAGGGCGAUGUGUGAGCGCAGUGGGAUUUCGAGACAGGAUAUCCUGGAUGAAAAUAUCUAA